AUAACUGCAGGGUAAAGCGAAGAGAGAUCAGUCGUUGGAGGAACUUCGGCAGCAUAUCCACAAAUUCUACAUGCCUCUCAGCAGGCAGUUCAUGGUGCUCUUUCCGGAAGGUGGAUUCUUGCAUAAGAGAAGGGAAGUCAGUCAAAGGUUUGCCGAGAAGAAUAACUUGCCGAAACUAGAAUACGUAUCAUUACCCCGAGUUGGAGCCAUGAAGGUGAUCAUGGAAGAAAUAGGACCAAGGAGGAAUGAAGGCGCUGGUACUUCUAAGGACGAAUCGCGGAAAGAUGACAACUUUAACCAAAGCAAACAUAAGAUGAUAGUGGACAACAAUGUGGGCGACACCAUCGAAUGGAUCCUUGAUGUGACCAUCGCUUACCCUGAUCGAAUACCCAUCCAUCUUCAGGAUGUCGUAUGCGGGACCAGACCACCUUGCACCACACAUCUUCAUUACAGACUCUAUCCUAGUACUGAGGUGCCAACAGACACUGAGGGUAUGACCCAGUGGCUAUACGACAGGUUCAUAGAAAAGGAGAAAAUGCUGGAGGAGUUUUACAAAACCGGAAAGUUUCCCAGCAAGGGAAACCCGUCGGGAUCUGUGGUCAGACAAGUACGGCAGGACAAUCUUCGAUACCUGAUCCUGCAUUCGUUCUUCAUAGCUUCGACCUUCAUCCAAUACAAGUUCUUCAGUUUGUUGUUCAGUUAUUUUUGGUAAAAUUGGGGUACACGUGGAACGCUUGAUCAGCUGCUAACGAUUUUAAUUUUCCCAACAAAGAAUUAACAUAUCAUAUUGUUUCUGAGUUAUAUUUUUUUUCCGUGUUAUUUCAUUUAUCAAACUGAGAUUGCGUUUCACGUUUUAUUUAAGAGGAGAAUAAGUAAUUAAUUGAUUCGCUUUUUGUGUUGAAAUAUAAAGAACGAAAUGUUUCAAUUAUUUUUUGCCAUACGAACUCAAAAGCAUUUUUACUGAAGGCAUAAGUACAUUUUAGUUUUGGUUUUUUUGUGUGUUUACUUUAUUAUUAUAACGUCCAUGUAAAAAGUUACCUCGAUUUUGACAUAUUGAGUAUUAUCUAGAUUUGUCAGUGCCGUGGGCACGAUAAACGACCAAUAUCACUAUUUAAGAAUAAAUAAUCGGACCGUAAGGAAAACCGAUUGCGUAUAAAAAUUCGGUUUUCGGUUUUCUCGGUUCUAUGCAUUCUGUAUUAGUGAAAGCGUUCGGAAAUGCUAUUAGGAAAUUCGGCGUUUAAGAAAAUCUUGCAACUUAUUAUGAAAUGGUACUUAAUGUCUAGAUUUUAUUUUUGACCUUUAACAUGCAGACAGCGGCUUUUGCAGGCAGCGGCUUGGCUCUGCCCUUGGCAUUGGUAAAGUCCAUGGGCGACGGUAACCACUCACCAUCAGGUGGGCAGUGUGCUCGUCUGCCUACAAGGGCAAUAAAAAAAUAAAACAUAGAACAUACAAUAUAAAUUAUUAGUGUGAAUCCUAUCUGACAAUUGUAGUACUUUAGUAUUGAGCUUGGAGAACGCAUUUUCUAUUGAAUCCCUUAAUCAUUUUUAUGACACCUAUAGGAUGAGAUGUAUUAGUGUUAUUCUAGACUUAGGAUACUGCUACAUAAGCAACACCUUAAAUAGAAGGAUCAAUUUCAACACCAAUGAAUUACAGCCGUUUUUAUUCUGACUUGCAUAGCUUAAAAGUUCAUGCAAAGAAUGAAAUUUACAUUAUUGAGAACAACUAAU